GUUGAAGCUGCUGGCCCAUUGAUCACCCAGGGCGAUCGUGCACCUCGUACACGACGUGUCAAGUUCACUCUGACGUAACAUCGACGUCUACGUGGACGAUGACCGGUCGCGCGGGCGAAGAGGACUCGACGAAUGCGUCUGAAUAUACAUACAACAUUAGACAGUGUUUCGAUCGGUGGCCAACGCCGACUAUAGGAAAAACCACCACCCAUCCUUGAAACUACCAUCCCUCAAGUGUCAGUAGCGUGCCGUCUGUUGUUGCUAUUGCACGAGUUUCCGCUGUCCAACCGGAAUACAAGGUUGUUCGAGUUUUAUACCAAUUGAUUGGGUACCCACUUUGCGGAUAAGAAAAGAAGAAGGUUCUGAUAAGAAUUCUGGGAUCCUCCAGGGCCAGUGAUAGCGAAGAAAUCGAUCUAUUAUCAGAGGGUUGAUCGACGAACCAGUGACACGCGUUCGAGUAAUGGAACACUUUUGAACGAUCCAUGAAAUUUCGAAUGUUGACGAAUGGUGCUUGUGAAAAAUCCGUCGCCCACCCGAGGCGAGAGCCCCCAAAAAGAAAAUGCGAAGAAGAUUAAAAGAAGAUCGCGCGGCAAUAGUCCGAUCGAUCACAGUGUCUCCAGGGGGAAUAGUCCGGGAAGGAGCAGCAGUUUAAGCUCGAAGAGGGUCGUGAAAAGCAGUUUGCUCCAGUCCAGAGGAAGCGAGACCGGCAGCAUCGAGAGGCUGGUAGACGGUGACAAAAGGGUGAUCGCCACGAAACAUUUGCUUCCAGAGAAUAACAUAAAUGUCGUCGUCAGAGUUCGUCCACUUAGCAAUAAGGAAGUCAAAGCCGGCGAUGAUAUGGCCGUGCAGUUUCCUGGAGAUGGACAGAUAUACUGCGAUGGAUUUCCAAGCAGCGCUGAUAAGAAGGGCAAACUAUUUUCGUACAAUGUCGUCUUCGAGCCCACAGCCACUCAGGAAGACAUACUACAAUUUUCCGGCGUUAAGAAGCUCAUCGAAAUGGCGGUGGAAGGGUUUAACUGCACCGCGUUCUGCUACGGGCAAACCGGAAGCGGGAAAACUCACACCCUCACAGGACCUCCAGAAAUGUUCGACGGAAUGAAACAUUACUCGGAGGAUAACGGUCUGGUCUUCCGGUCUUUCGUCUACCUAUUCAAACUCCUGCAGGAACGACAACAGUGCAACUUCGUGUUGAGGGCCUCGUUCUUAGAGAUCUACAAUGAGAAGGUAAUAGAUUUGUUGAAUCCCGGCACGUCGAGAAAACCUCUGAUGGUUCGUUGGAGCAAAAAGACGCGAGGCUUCUUCGUCGAGAAUCUUUUCACCGUCGAAUGCGAGGAGCUUGAUGACCUUCUGGCGGUUCUCGAAGAAGGGAUGAGAAACAGAUCUGUCGGCGCGCACAACAUGAACGAACAGUCCAGCAGAAGUCACAGCAUUCUCACCGUGAACAUCACUUCUGAGCAACAAAUGGACAACAGUGUGUUCAUAUCGAAACAAGGGAAAAUCAACUUCGUCGAUUUGGCGGGCAGCGAGAUGACAAAGAAGACGCAGAGCGAGGGGAAAACUUUAGAGGAAGCGAACAACAUCAAUAAGAGUCUCAUGGUUCUUGGUUACUGUAUAUCUUCUUUGAGCGACGGAAAGCGCAAAGGUGGCCAUAUUCCUUACCGGGACAGCAAGCUGACCAAACUUUUAGCAGACAGCCUGGCAGGCAAUGGCGUCACGCUGAUGAUUGCCUGCGUUUCACCGGCUCGGUCGAACGCGAGCGAGACGUUGAACACUCUGAGGUACGCGGCGAGGGUGAAGAAGAUACGCACGAAACCGAUCGUGGUGAUGGAUCCGCGAGAAGCUCUGAUUCUCAGUCUGAAACGCGAGGUGGGAGCUCUUCAGACGGAAAACGAGCACCUGAAGGCGGCUCUUCAUUUCGGCGGCGACACUCAAAACGUAAUUCGUAGCGAGUCCAAAGCCGAGAGCAAGGUGCCAAUGACGCCGCCAGUCGUGGACCUGGACAAGUUGUCCGAGAUGGAGCAAUCGGAAUUGAGUCAACUGAUCCACGCCUACAUCACCGAGAAUGAGGCCCUUCGUCGGGAAAACGCGGAAUUGUACGCCACCAGGGAGCAAGUGAUACGAGACCAGGAGCUGGUCUGCAGAGAAAACGAGAGGCUGCUGAAAAAGCUCGAGGACGUUAACUCGUUUUAUUACCGCAGAGUGUGCUGUCGCUCGCCGAUCAUACCUGCCAGGCCUACUUAUUCGGCAGAAAUGUUGAACGACAACAAUAACGAGAACGCACCUGGCGCGACGAACGUUUGGACCAACCCUAACGUGGAACCGACUCCCCUUUCGAGCGAUCUUAUCAGGCGUGGAUUGUACAGAUCCGCAGGCAACAUGCCGGAAAAGAUCCAGAAAGAAUUGGACAAACGAAGAAUUCUAGGGAGUUACAAUAACGUAGCCGAGGCUUACAAAGACAAGAGUCAACAUCGCCGACACAAUUCAUGGGACAAUGGAAACGGCGUGACGAGAAUGAGUCCGGAUCAAACGAUGUCGCCGGUAGACGUUAAUCAAUACAAGAAGACGAACACGCGUCGCACUUCGACGGUCCCGGAGGAAAGAAGACCCUCGGAGACCAUCGACGUUCUGGGCGAAUCGAUUCAACCGACCGAUCAUUCGUACAACGAGUCCCCGGAUUCGAUUCUCAGCGGUUCUUUGGAGAUAGGGAAUUCUGCGCCGAACACGGCGGAAUCCGAGGCUCCCACCGUCCCUUUCCCGCCUUUGUCGCACUCCUCAUCGCCGUUUGGGACUCCGGACCCCGAGGACGCGGUCCAUUCGAGACACUCGACAAAGGAGAAAGAGGACGAGACCACGCAAAGAGCGUUUGGAAGUCCGGUUCCAAUCGACGAGGACCAUCCUCUUUGAAUAAAAAAAAAUUCAGCUGAAUAUGGUAAUGGAUGAUAUAUUUUCGAUACGUUGACCUAGGUCGGGUCAGCCAUCGGCGUUGGUCGGCGAAGAGUACGAUUGUCGAACCAUAGUUGGAUCAAACUUAAUUGGCCGCUCAAGGCCACUUUCCUCGUUGUGAGUCAUUCGAAGCACGACUCCUGCUUUUAUGUUAAGGGGCCUCUACACGAUGGGACUUACCUCGAGGCAUGCUCGCGACAAACAAUGGGUUUGAAACCAUAUGGAAUCAAUUCGACUCUCUGCUUCGUACGCUGUAGUCUUCACGAUACAGCGAAGUCGUAAAUUUCUUCAGGCAUCAAAGCGGAUACAGUAAUGCACGGUCAACUUUUCGAAGAUUUGGGGCUCGACAGUGAAAGUUACGCGUGUAGGGUAGCGUAUCUGUUGUAAAAUCGGACUCGAACAUUGCUCGACAAAAGAAGAGAAUGAUUAUAACGGGAGGAGACGAGAUGGAUGUAAUAGUCGAGCAACGGUCGAAAUUUGACACUUAAAAAGGAUGUCGCUAUGCAAUAUACAGGGUGUUCAACCAUUCCUAGGAAAAAUUUUAA